AUGACGGUUUUAGGCGUUCUACAGAAGACGGGAAAUGCCGAACCACUUGACAAGACUAGAACAAGGUGGAAUGUUUAUUGGCACACGUUGGAUGAAUGGGCGUCGAUAGUGUACAAAUGGGCCCAGGACAACGCCAUGCUCAACACGGUGUGCACGUUCUACGAGAUAGCCAGCGACAGUGGCGAUCUGAAUGGUAUUGACGACGGUGUACUGACCAAAGCUUUGCGGGUGUUGGAGCGACGUCAACAGGCGGAAAUACUUACGCUGGACGGAGGGUCGGGCGUGAAAUUUUUUCCAUAA